AUAUAAAGCACAGUCUUUUUUCCGGGCUCUUCUCAGCAAAUCACAGUGCUCGCUGUUUAAAAUCAUGGUUGGUUGUGUGUUCGCUCCUUCGCUCUUGUGUACGUGCUGUUUAGCGCAACAGUGGCCGUGCUAGAAAACACAAGACACUGACAUUUAAUGCAGUGGCCUGUUAUAAUAAUAAUAUGAAACGGAGGUAAAUAUUCGGAUACGGAUGUUGCUGUCUACUCUACUCUUUGGACGAUCCCUGCCAUGAUCCCAAUAUAAAGAACAGCCUUGCCUCGUCCGUUUCACAUUUUCCCUCACAAUGAGACUGUACGCAUUUCUUCUGAAUAACCAUUUACCAAAGAUAGAAUAUUAUUCAAGGUUUUCACCAUCGCCCUUGUCAAUUAAACAGUUUCUGGAAUUUGGUAGGGACAAUGCAUGUGAGAAGACGUCUUACAUGUUCCUGCGGAAGGAGCUGCCGGUGCGCUUGGCUAACACUAUGAGAGAGGUCAAUCUGCUGCCUGACAAGCUCCUCAGUCAACCUUCAGUCAAACUGGUGCAGAAAUGGUACAUGCAAAGUUUUUUAGAACUUCUAGAGUUUGAGAACAGGAAGCCAGAAGACCCACAUGCCCUGAAUGACUUCUUGGAGACUCUUAUUGAGAUCAGGAAUAGACACAAUGAUGUGGUCCCGACCAUGGCCCAGGGUGUGAUCGAAUAUAAGGAGAAGUUUGGCUUCGAUCCGUUCGUCAGCUCCAACAUCCAGUACUUUUUGGACCGCUUCUACACCAACCGAAUCUCCUUUCGCAUGCUCAUAAACCAGCACACUCUCCUUUUUGGCAAUGACAUCAACCCAGCCCAUCCCAAACACAUUGGAAGUAUUGAUCCCAACUGCAAUGUUGCAGAGGUGGUGACUGAUGCUUACGAGACCGCCAAGAUGGUGUGUGAGCAAUAUUAUCAAGCUGCCCCUGAACUGAAGACAGAGGAAUUCAAUGCUAAGGCUCCUCAAAAACCCAUCCAGGCUGUGUAUGUUCCCUCCCACCUAUUCCACAUGCUGUUUGAAUUGUUUAAGAACGCAAUGCGGGCCACCAAUGAGCUCCACGAGGGUAGUAAAGAGGGUCUUCCUCUUAUAAAAGCAAAAGUGACCCUGGGGAAGGAAGAUCUCUCUGUGAAGAUCAGUGACAGGGGAGGGGGUGUGGCUUUACGGAAGAUUGACAGGUUGUUCAACUACACCUACUCGACUGCACCAACACCCAGUCUGGGCUCUAAACGCGUGCCAUUGGCUGGUUUUGGACAUGGUUUGCCGAUAUCCAGACUGUACGCCCGCUACUUUCAAGGAGACCUGAAACUGUACUCAAUGGAAGGCGUGGGGACCGAUGCCGUCAUCUACUUGAAGGCCCUCUCCAGUGAAUCAUUUGAGCGUCUGCCCGUCUUUAACAAAUCUGCUUGGCGACACUACCAAGGAGGCCCAGGAGCGGAUGACUGGAGCAACCCGAGCAAAGAGCCCAGAGAUGCCUCAAAAUACAAGGCCAAAAGAUAAUUGCACUCACCCCAUCCAUGUGUCCCACUGCACCCAUUACAGACCUUUCCGUCUUUAGUCUAGCUUCAGUUGCCAUGGCAACAUCACAUCGAUGCUGAGUGUUCUAUACUUGUUAGCAUUUCCAGAGCAGAACAUCUGAUGAUGCAAGUGGCAUUAAGUCUCUGCUCCUUCCUCCUUUGUGCAGCUACAGACGUAAGACACAGAGUCUCGAUUAAGCGUCUUCCAGGGUGGUGAGAG